CAUCAAUAAAUGCAGGAGUGAGUUCGUAGGGAGUGGACGUUUCUCGUUUGUUAGUCCUACGCGUUUGUAUUAUAUUCGUCUUCUUUUAGUAUUUUACUUUAAAUCGACUAACUAUGAGCAUCGCUGCGCUCUUAGAAGCUGCGGAGUACAUUGAGAGGCGAGAACGAGAAGCAGAGCACGGAUAUGCUUCAACACUGCCAAUGCCCGAUGAUCUCAGGAGCGUAACGAAAAGGCCAAAGACAAAGAAAUCUCAGGGAAGCAGGACGACACAUAACGAAUUGGAAAAGAAUAGGAGGGCCCACCUGCGAAACUGCCUGGAGAAGCUGAAAGAGAUGGUGCCGCUGGGACCCGAAGCAUCCCGGCACACUACCCUGGGCCUCCUGACGAAAGCGAAACGGUUCAUAAAGAACCUGGAGGACCGCGAGCACAAGCACGCCGUGCACAAAGAGCAGCUGAGCAGGGAGCAGCGGUUCCUGAGGCGGCGCCUCGAGCAGCUGCACGCCUACUGCGCCCUCUCCAAGCGGCGCUCCGUCUCCGAGUGCUCCACCUCCACCGUCUCCAGUACAAAUUCCUCCGCAUCGUCCUCGCUGUCGUCCGCGUCGCCCUCCUCCAUAUCCGAAUCGGAUGAAGUUGACGUGAUCGGUUACACGAGCAACCAGAGCGACACUGAUGACCAUAGCAGUGUGCAGUCCACCUCCAGUGAUAGCGGGGUUGCCAUGUCCACCAGUCGCCUCACCCUCUCUGAGAUGGAAAUCAUCUAGGUGAACGGGGAUGAAGCUGGGAGCAGUUGAGGGACGAGACAUCAGCCUGCCCAAGAUCUGCCGUGCCCUGCCUUCUCCUCGGCCUGCAAACCAUGCACCGUCUUAACAGAGCCAGUAUAUUGCAUUUGUAUUAGUAACCCACCACACUCAUUUCUCCUCUAGUCAACAAUGGUAACAUCUGUAUUAUAAAAGAGAUUUGGGAAAAUAAGCACAAUGCAUACACUGCAUGUGCAGAUUUUAUUUAUGUAAAUUGUACAUAUAUUCAUUUUAAAGAGAAUAUUAAAGGCCUUUCUGUAUUAUUUGCAGGUGUAGAUGGUCAGGAAUAAUUUUUUCUGUCCAGUUUUAUUUGGCAUUAGCAUUUUUGAAAGUGCAGAUAUGUUUUAACAAAUACUAGUGCUGUGCAUGGAUUAAGAGACUAUUUUUUAAAGAAAUUUCUCAUAAAUGACCCUAGCAGGCAGAUCUCUGGAUGGUCUCCUCUGAACUCUCUUCUGUAGUUUACAUCGGUUAAGUAUAUGUCGUUAUAUUUCUCCAAAGACAGCCAAGACACUGCCCCGUACUUCGGUUUACUUCUGCCGUGCAGUGGUCCGAGAAUCACAUUGAAAAUUAGUAUGACUGUGUAUCCUGUACAUAGGUUAAUUGUUUCCUCACAGAGGGGCCAGGGGACAGGGAGAAAUGUUAUUUUUACUUAAGUGAUAUGUUGCAAGAAGAGUGUGAGGAGUGGAUCUGCAAGUGGAACUGAUGCCUGGGCCGAUGUGGACCCAGUGAUACCCGCCCACACUUGCGUGUGCCAGAUCUCUAGAACCAAAAUGUUGUCUGUCCCUCUGUUCUCCUUCCUGACAGCCUGGGGAAGAACAUGGAAAAUAUUAUUAUAUUUAAAGAUAUAAAAAAAUAUUAAAAACAUCAAAACUUUCAAAGAGUACAAAUUCUGUAUAAGUCCCUCAUGAUAGUGGGGAACUUUUUAUGUUAAAAUUUCCAUGGACUUGGGUUUCAGCAGAUAGUAAAGUAGGGCACAACACUCUUAUUUUACUAUUUAAUGAUAAAAGUGGAGAAAGGAGGAUAAUGUUUACCUGACCAACCUCUUUCUCCACUGACUGAAAAAGAAAACUGCAUUAGAGGCCAGCCCUGUGCUAUAUGCUGAAACGCUUGUGUUCCAGUGGUUAGAACUGAAAGCCUCUUCACGUGUAGCAACAGUGAAACGGAAAUGUGCGACUGAGUGAGAGUGACUGCUUGUGUCAGUGCGAAAGAAGGGUAUAUACCGUGAGGAAUGGCUAAAGCUGUGUACAAUAAGAUUGUGAGUGGACUGAGUGGGAUUGUAUCCAGGAAUCCAAUACUACUGUGGUAAUAAAGGCAGAAUGAUCUGAAGGAGUCAUUUUAACUACUCUUUGAAUUAAAAAUUCAAUUGUGCAAUUAAUUAGACACGUGAGAUACUGUUAUUUCAGUCUUUAUAAUUAUAUUAUUAAUAUAAAAUAUUAUUAUAAUUAUUAUAAGUAAGAGGUAUGCCUGUGAUUAAUGUUGUCUCUUGUGGAAAAGAAUCCUGGAUUCUGUCCCCUCUACCCAGUGAUCGAGACGACUGAAAAUAAGAUAGUAUUUUAAGCCACCUGAACACUGAUGACAGAAAGAGGCUGUAGUUUGUCAGCUGUUUAAUGUGUCUGCUUCUCUUAGCUGCAAGGUUAUAGAAAACACAAAAAAAUACCUAACUACCUUUCUGUUUAAAGAAAAGAGCUUCAAGGAUUCUUCACAAAACCAAAAAUGAAAAACAAACAAAAAAAUACAUAGAAGUAUAUGUUACUGAAAGCACUGUCUGUUUGGUCUCAAGGUAUCUAUAAAGUGUGAUACAACAGGACAAGAAAAUUUUUUGUAGAUUAAUUUUUGUGAAAGUUUUUGUGUAGCAGCAAUAUGAAUUGAUACCAGUACUGUGAAUAUUUGGUAUCUCAGCUUAGGUUCAGCCACAUCUGUCAUGGUUUUGUGUUUGACAUCUUUGUUAGAAGCACUGGAAAGAAUAGAAAGGCUAUCAUCUUCAUGUUUUGAAGCCACCUUGCUGCUUUUGUGUUAUAGAUAUACCAGACAGACCUACCCUCCAGAUAUUUCUGUUUCCAGAUGCUUUCUGUGGUCAGUUCUGUUAUGUUACCCUUCACGUGACCAUAUUAUGAACAGUGACCUAAUGCAGAAUUGCAUGAAUGAAUUCUUGUAAUAGACAUUUAGAAAAACAUAUUAUGUCUAUUAUUCCAAUGAUUUUUCUCCCUUUUUAUGGCUGUCUGAAGAACUGAUUGUACAUAUUACUUGUAACUAUUCAUAUUGCAUCAUUGUUUUGUUCUUAAUUUUCUUGAUUCUACAGAAAAUAAAAUUUGUGUAUUAUUGUAAUA